AUGCCAGAACCCCUGCUUACGUCUAUUGUCGCUGGAAGCACAGCAGCGGUAUUCCAGACCACGAUAUCGUACCCGUUUGAGUUUCUCAAAACGGGUCUCCAACUGCACCGGUCGCUCCCGGGGGUCCCACCUUUCCAAAUGCUGCACCAGAUCAAAACGUACUUUGCAGGCUGCGCUGCGCUCAACGUCGGCACAUUGCUGAAAACUGCAACACGAUUCACGACUUUUGAAAGCGCAUGUGAGCUUCUGCGGGACAAACAAAAUACGUCGCAACCGAUCAGUGGGCCACGUUUACUGGCAGCAGGCGUCAUUACGGGGUUUAUGGAAUCACUGCUGGUGAUUCCGUUUGAAAACAUCAAGACCAUAAUGAUCGAAAAUGCCCUGAUGUCGCAGCACACAGAAAAGCCUGAAAAGGCUGUUAAAGACGUGAGACCAACAUUUCAUGCCACCAAGAAGCCAGCUUUGCAUCCACGCCAGAAAUGGUUUCAGCACUACGAGUUGCACCCAUCCACGCAUUUUUUCUCUACGAUCCAGGAGAUCUACCGCACGCGAGGCAUCCGUGGGUUCGCUCAGGGCUCCGUGUGCACCAUUAUCCGCCAAACUUCCAAUUCGGCUGUCCGCUUCACCAGCUACACUGCGCUUAAACAGCUAAUAUCACCUACCAAACCGCUGAACGAGUAUUAUGCAUUUGCUUUGGGAGUUGCUUCUUCCUGCGCCGUAGUUGCCGUCACACAGCCUAUUGAUGUUAUAAAGACUCGUAUGCAAUCAAAGUAUGCGUGGCGUAACUACAAAAACUCGCUCAAUUGUGCAUACAGAACCUUUGUGGAAGAGGGCAUCACAAAUCUUUGGAAAGGUUGGGCUCCAAGACUCAUGAAGGUUGGUCUUUCCGGUGGUGUGUCUUUCGGUGUGUUCCAGUACGUCGAAAACCUCAUGAACUCCAUGGACAAAGCAGUCAGCAUGGGCCACAACUAA